ACCCGGAACAUGCUGGAAUUCGAUCGCGCAAACAAUAGAACACAAUUGCCGUGUUUACACCUGAUCGGCUUUUGGUUCUGAACCAAAAGCCGAUCAAGUGUAAACACGGUAAAUGUUGUUUACCUCAAUCCAUGGUAAGAUCGAGCGCGCGACUGUUGUGCAUUUUAAACUCACAUUGUCACAUUACGAAAAUUAAUACUGUGGGUUGUGCUUCGCCUCACGAUGUCGGAAGAGCGUAGUCGAGUUAUUUUGUGGACGACACCCCGAGGUUCAUCCACGGUGUUUGCCUUGUCGAUGAGUCACGUACCCGAGAUCGAAAUGUGGAUGGAGCCUUUCGGGUAUGCCGGCAUCGCUGCACUCAACGCGAAGAUCGAAGAAAGGACGGUUCUUCCCAUGGACCAUAAAGGCAACGAACAGCUCUUCGAGAAAGUUGCCCGACAUGUCAGCGUGGCAAUGGACAGACCCUUCGUCCCCGCGACGCUCUCGUACCAGAGCGUUAAAGAACGGCUCGAACGGACAACUGCAAAACACGUCUUUGUCAAGGAUAUGGCCUACGGGAUGCCUGAUGGCGACGUUACUCGGUAUAUACCAAGCGGCUACAGGCACUCGUUCCUUAUUCGUAGCCCCCAUCUGGUAUAUCCUGGCGUCCACAAGAUGUAUUACCCCCAUUUCAAAGCCAUUAACCGGUUACUCCCUGACGAAAAGGACGAAGCUAGCUUUGACGUCAGGAACCACAACGAGCUAGGAAUACACGAAAAUUACUUUAAGGAGUUGCAUGACCUGUGGCGCUAUAUCCUCAUAGAGGUUGACCCGAAGGCAGUUGUCCUUGACUCGUCCGACCUGCUCAACGAUCCGGGUCGCGUUCUUCCCCGAUGGUGUGAGGCAGUGGGGCUGCCUUUCAAUGCUUCAAUGCUAUCAUGGCCGAAACCAGAGGUGCAAGAAAUUGGGAAGUGGAACUGGGGAUGCACCUGGACUGCAGAACAGGUCUCUUUAAAUGCAUUUUAUGGAGGUGUUCUGAGAAGCACCUGUUUCAACCCUCCAAAGGUACUACCGCCAAGAGAACACCUUACCGACGAUGUCAUAGAAAUGGCGGAAGCAUCAAUGCCUUUCUAUAACGAAAUGCAUCAACACCGUAUGCGUGUCGACGAAGAUACUCUAUCUUAACAUAUUUUUUACCAUUCCACACGGUUCCUUCAUUGAAAAUCGACAUAACACAUAUUUUCUUUUCACAGUAUAUAAUUGAAUAAUCAACACAAUAUAUAUGUAACGAAAUAACAUAUACAAUAUUCCAUGAUAUUGUCAUAUCAUUUGUUAAGAAAACACAUUUUCAAAGUGUAACAAAAAUGUACUUUUCCAUAUCAUAAUAUUAAGAUAUUAUUUCAGACAUAAUAUGAUUAUGUUUUGCAUUCUUAUCUUUGAUAUAUUCCAAUAACAAUGUGACAAUGCAAUCAGACCCGUCAGAGCACUCCCAACUUUCCUUGAUGAAAGUAGUCACAGGAAAUACCGUCAAUAGUGAGUAUAGGCCUAUACAAAUUCUUCUGCAGUGAUGUAAAAGUUGGCGCCAUUUACAUAGCGCAUAUGCCUAUAGACUCCUUUUCCUCGGACAAUGUUCUACUAUUUGGUGCUUUAAUGAAACUAAUGAUAAUAAUAGCUGUAUAUUUACCCAGGGUAGCCACUUCAGUUCCGGUUCAGUUUCGAAAACUGUUCUCCCAGCGGGCCCUGCUAUUAUUAUUACCCCGGCUAAAAAUCUGAAUCAGUAUUUUCUAAUGUUAAUAGAUAACUCAUAUUGAUUUCCGGAGGAUUUUUUAAAUCAAAUAUUUAACGAAAAUAAAAAGUGAGAUGUUUAACUCUCAGUCAAAAAGAAAAAAACAUGAUUAAUGUCUUCUUCAUUCAAUAUUACAAUUUAAGCACAAAUUACUAUUGAUUAUUUUCCACUUAUGAAGUUUUUUUCCGAAGUAAAUUAUAUAGUAAUUUGAAAAAUUAAUUCACGAAUAUCGUCAAUCUCUCUCUCUAAAAAAGUUUGAAAACAUGUGACCUAACAAUAUCGACACUGAAGCUGCUAACCCGGCAAAUUGACAGUGUACAUUUACAUCUAUUGCACAACAAAAUAAUUUUGUGAUAUUGUGUAUUGCUUAAAUCGUGAUAUAAAACGUUUAAAAAUCCUCGAUUGCAAGUUUUUGUGGUACACUGUAAAAACUGUGGUGUUAAAGCUGACACCAGUUGGUGUUAAUAUAGGACCACACCCUGAGGUGUUAAAAUUAGACCCUAGAGAUUGAACAUAACACCAAAGAGUGUAAAUGUAACAACAAUAGGUGUUGUAAUAACACCUAUAGGUGUUAAACUAACACCUAUAGGUGUUAAACUAACACUGUCAAUUUAACACCGGUGUAAAAUAACUGGUGUGGUCCUCUAUGUACACCGGUUAACACCACAAUAGUUGCUGUGUAGGAGUAAAUUUUGUGUAUAUUGAUCGGACUAUUAUACCGUAUGAGUAAAAAAAAUAAAACCUCACAAAUCUCCAAUUUAAGGAAUAAAUAUAUCAUGAACACAUAAUUCUUAUAUAUGGCCUGAAAGAGUAUGUUCUCCAUAAUAGUUUGUUUAUCGAGAACAAUUUUUCCAAACCAUUGGAAAAAGUCUAAAGUCCUUCCUAUUUAUAAAUCCGGUAUUAAACAGAAAAUCUCCAAAUAACUUCCGUCCUGUUUCAAUUCUACCCACUGUAUCAAAACUACUUGAAAGAUAUUCGCUCAGCGGCAAUUGAUUGCAUUUUUAGAAAAUGACAAACUCUUAUCUGAAGUUCAGUUUUGGUUUAGGAGUAAACACCCCACCUUAACUUCUUUAGUUAAAAUUACAGAUCAGUAGAUGUACGCUGCAGAUCAGGGGAAUACUGGGACAGUGUUUAUUGACUUUUAAAAAGCAUUCGAUUGCGUUGACCCCCCUCUGUGCUUUAAGUAUGGGAAACAGAAAAUAUCAACAUAUUGUUUACAUCGUAUGUUUCUUUUUUAUUAUGUUCUUUCCCCAUGUUUUUACGAUUAAGAAAACUAUUUCACCUAGAAUUUAUUUGUACAUAAAUUCAACUGAUCCAGAGAAAUUGUUAGUAAAGAAUUCAUCUAUGC